CUUACGCUCUGCGCCGCGCCGCGCCGCGCCGCGCCAGAGUACGUUUACAGAGGGGGAGUGGCCCGUUAGAGUCCCGCCACACUGCGUCGCCAUGGAGGAAUACGCUCGCGAGCCCUGCCCAUGGCGAAUUGUGGAUGACUGCGGUGGAGCUUUCACUAUGGGUGUCAUUGGUGGCGGAGUCUUCCAGGCUAUCAAGGGCUUCCGCAAUGCUCCUGUUGGAAUUCGACACCGAUUAAGAGGAAGUAUCAAUGCUGUGAGGAUCCGAGCGCCCCAGAUUGGAGGUAGCUUUGCAGUGUGGGGCGGCCUGUUUUCCACCAUCGAUUGUGGCCUGGUACGAGUGCGGGGCAAGGAGGAUCCCUGGAACUCCAUCACCAGUGGAGCAUUGACCGGGGCUGUGCUGGCUGCCCGCAGUGGUCCGCUGGCCAUGGUGGGCUCGGCAAUGAUGGGGGGCAUCCUGUUGGCCCUUAUUGAGGGUGUUGGCAUUCUCCUCACUCGCUAUACUGCCCAGCAGUUCCGCAAUGCACCACCAUUCCUGGAAGACCCCAGCCAGAUAGCUCCUAAGGAGGGUGCCCCAACCCAAGGUUCCAGCUACCAGCAGUACCACUGAGGAAGCUGCUGCCUGAUUCUGCCACCGUGGGAGCUACUCCCCAGUUCCCUCCCCGAUGAUCUACCUCCAAGGGAGAACUGGCUCCUGCAUAGCCCUGAGACCUUUCAAAGAAGGUCUCUCUACUCCCUUGUCCUAGGGUGGGGGUGGGGUACCCCAGCUGCCUCACACAUGUAACAAACUCUCACCCAGCUCCUUCGUGUGGCAUCCUGAUAAGUAUUUAAAACCAGUUUUGAAAUA